CUCGGCCGGACGGAGCAUCCCGUCAAGCCGGCUGGACAAGAACGGGACACUCUCUCUCUCUCUCUAUAUAUAUAUAUAUAUUUUAUAUAUAUAUAUAUAUUUCUAGUUUAGAUCAAAUAAAAAAAGUCAUAAUGUGUAAAAUAAGAAUUAAUCUCAGAUAUUCAAACCGUCAAUUUGAUGCAUAAAAAACCUUAUCUUUUGCACUUUUUCAAUAUUUAAGAAAAUGUCAUCCCGUCUAGAUGUUGGAAAAGUGCAUCAGAUAAGAUUUAUUCGAAAAGUGCAUUAGAUAAGUAUUAUUGUGCAUCAGAUUGAGAGUUUGGACGACUGAGAUUAAUUCUUAUUUUAUACGUUAAAACUCUUUUUUAUUUGAACCCUCCCCUAUAUAUGUAUGUGUGUAUAUAUAUGCAUAUAUAUCCAUAAGCUUUUCAUUCGGGUGUUUCCAAGCUAUUUGUUAAUUCACCAUUUGGGACAAUAAAAAAUUUUAAAAAAAGAAAAAAUGAACACUCAACGGAAUAAAUGAAGAUUAAAUAACACAUAAAAAAUAAAAAAAAAAUAUGGAGGUCUUUCUUACUGCCUCUGCCACACCUACCUGUAUUGCUGUCUCCAAUCAACGAAAACGCCAUAUUAUGUAAAAAUGCCAUCUAUUCUCUGAAAAUGCAAUGAAGAUUACAUUAUUAUUCUUUGAAAAUGUCAAUUUUUUCUCUAGAACUGCCAUCAAGAUAGCAUUAUUGAUGCAUGUUGCCAUUUUUCCGGUGCUGGUGCUGGGAGGUACCUUAGGCAGCGGCAAAGGCUUGCAUAUUUUUUUACUAUUUUUUAUUUUAUUUUUUAUGUUUGUUUUAUAAAUUUUAUAUUUUUCUUUUUCAUUUUUAUUAAUUUUUAUAAACAUUUAUUUUUGGUUUUUUAUAUUUAAAAAAUUUAUUAUAAGCAGAAUUACUUUAUGACUUUUAUGUUUUAAUUAUUAAUAAAAGUUUGAUUUGUUUUAAAACAUAGCAUGGGUAUGAUUGGAAAGUUACUCCUAUGGAGGGAAUUUAAAAGUUAUUCCGUAUAUUUCUAUUUAUGCCAUUUAAAUUUCAUUUGGUUCUAUUUGGAGGAUAUCUCUAUACUCCAUUUUUUUUAUCGCAAAAGGCCUAGUUAUUAUUACUAGCGCAAGACCCUUCUUGGAUUUGGGACGGUCUUGUUGUUAUUUAAACCUGUUCACGAACACUUAUACUAUCUACUUCGUAUAUAAUUAGUGGACAUCAACAAACACGUUAGGACUUGUUUGCAAUUUCCAAAUGUGCUUCACUAUUAACGGUCUUUUGAUAAUAAUAAUAAUAAUAAUAAUAAUAGGUUUUUCCAAAAAUAUUAUUAAAAUAAAAUUCUUUUACGAAAUAUGGCUAAAAGUUUUCAAAAUAUAGGGUCAUGAUAUAAAACCUGAACGUAAGUUAUUACACUUAAAUUAUUAUUAUAUUUACUACACUUUGUGAUCAAGUAUAUGUGUAUAUGCUUAUAUUAGAAUGUUUUUAAUUGAUCUGGUUUCAAUCGCACACCUCACCAGAUCAGAUCAUUUUAACAUAUCUUACCACACAAGACCAUACUUAAACAGACUAGGUAAGACUUAGACAUUUGUAAAAUACACAUAGAGCAAUCAUCUAUCAAACCAUGGAGACAAGGUGAGAUCAUAUAUUCACGGAACGUUAAGUUUACCAAAAGCUCUUAAUUCCAUCUCCAAAUUAAUGGCUAUAAAUUAAGUACUUGCACAUUCUUAAAUAGUUAUGUUUUCCUUAAAAACGCAUUUACUUAUUUCCUCCGUUUCUGUUCAUAUAAUGGUCUGUUUACCUUGUAUGCAUUAAAUAGACGUCAGUCUUAAAGUCACAACUCACAAGUAUAAUCAAAGUCUGGAUAUAGGGAAAUCUUCCCUAGACAUUCUUAAUAUGUAUCCAUCUUCACAGUUGUGUUUUGGAACAUUCUUGAUUGCUGCUUUUCUUUGCACACGUUUUGCAUGCCAAGUAGGUGGUGAAUCUCUUGAGGGGGGAGGGCAGAAUGAGAAUUAUACAACCAUUUACGUCGACUCUUCUGGCCAGGGAAAUUACCAGACAAUCCAAGCAGCAAUCGAUUCAGUUCCUGCUGACAAUAAGGAUUGGAUAUGCAUUCAUAUCAAAGCCGGAACUUAUAGAGAACAGGUGAGGAUCCCGAGCGAGAAGCCAUAUUUAUAUCUAAAGGGAGAAUCACAAAGAAGAACGCUCGUAAUUUGGGAUGGACAUGACAGCAUUCAGAAAGCCACCUUUUCUUGUGAUGCUGAGAAUAUACUCGUCAAAAGCAUCACUUUCAUUAAUUCUUACAACUAUCCGCCGGAAAACAGCACGAACCCAAGAAGAGUGGCAGUGGCAGCAAAGUUAUCCGGUGAUAAAAUGGCGUUUCACCGGUGCGGGUUUAGGGGAUGGCAGGAUACGCUGUGGGACGAGGGUGGCCGCCACUACUUCAAAGGAUGCUCCAUUAGUGGAGCUGUAGAUUUCAUUUUUGGUAACGGCCAAUCCAUCUAUGAGAGUUGUUCUAUAUCAGUAGAGAGAGGUGCUGAAGAAGGGAUGAUUGGGUACAUCACAGCACAAGGGAGGCAGGACCCCGGAGAAAGCAGUGGGUUUGUAUUUAAGAAAUGCACUGUUCAUGGAUCUGGUGAAGCUUACUUGGGAAGGCCAUGGAGAGACUAUGCUAGAGUCAUCUUUUUCAAAACUUACAUGGAUAACAUGAUUGUCCCUCAGGGAUGGACAACCAGUUCUGACACUUCAUCCAAUUUGGAUAAGUUGACAUUUGCAGAGCAGGAGUGUAGUGGACCAGGGGCAGAAAGAUCAGGGCGAGUGAAGUGGGUAGCGGAACUGAGAGGGGAUGAGUUGGAUAAAUUUACAAGCCUCUCUUACAUUGAUGAAGAUGGCUGGCUUCGUGGCCUUCCCCAAAAUAAGCUGUUUGUGUAAAAUUACCAGCAUAUACCAUCAUCUUCCAUACAUGGCAGUACUAUAGUCUAUAAAUAUCAUAUAAAUGGCAGUAAAAUAAAAAAACAAGAUUUUAUACGACAGAAAAUUUGGUGCAAAAUUCUUUUUAAUACAUAUAUAACCAUAUAUAUAUAUAGCAUUUCUAGUGUCACAACUUGUCAUGUAUGUAAAAUAUUUUCUUUUUAG